GGCCCUGUUAUUUCUUUUUCAGUUUCAUUAUUAUAAGCCAUCAGUAUAUCUUGAAUUUGUUGUUGAAAGUUGAGAUUGUUGCUGAAAUAAUGAUUCAAUUGAUUUUGUUUUGCUGUAAAUCAUAUUCCGAGAAUUUGAAUUUAAGUUUUUGUUACUGAAAGCUAUUCUACUUAAAUUUGUUGUUAAAAAUGAUCAAUGAGCUGAAUUUGUUGCUGCUAAGUUGAAUUGUUACUGAACAUAUCGCUGAGCAAUUUUUUGUUGUUGGAUAACGUCACUGUUCUUUUAAGUAGCAAGUAGGUUUAAACUUGUAAUGAAAUCAGUGGGAUUUAUUUUAAAAAUUAUAGUUUUUAAUAUACGAAUAUUUUAAAAGUGCAUGAGUUGGUUAUGGCUGUGUUAUGUUGAAUGUGUUUGUUAAAUUGAUUUUUAUUGUUAAAAAAUGAACUAGGUUGCUGUCUUCUUAUUAAGGUUGAUAAAAUUAGGAAUUGGGAGGGUCAAAUUGAGUUAGAUGGAGAAGUGAUUGAAUUGAGUUACCGCGGCUCGUAGGGGUUCUAUUCCCUGGUGGCAAUUGCUGAGAGGAAGCAUAGAGAGAAGCUCAGCCAACGGUUCAUUGCUUUAUCUGCCCUUGUUCCUGCCUGUAAAAGUUUCAAAAGAAAGCAGUUAUAGUUCAGAUGACAGUGAUAAGGAAGAAGAAAAACCUUCUAAAACUCCUCAGAAAAGUGCUAAGGAUGUCGAGAUGGUUGAUGCUGACUCAGCAAAGAAAGUUUCUAAAACCCCUUCUACACCUAGUGUUGCAAUAGGUGGAUCAAAGACACUAUUUGUUGGAAACCUGUCAUUUAGUUUGCAACGAUCUGACUUCGAGGAGUUUUUCAAAGAUUGUGGAGAAGUAGUUGAUGUUCGUUUUUCUGUUGACGAUGCUGGGAGGUUUAAACGCUUUAGACAUGUUGAGUUUGCUAUUGCAGAGGCAGCACAAAAUGCUCUUGAAUUGAAUGAGCAUGAGUUGUUGAAUCAUCUUGUUAGGCUUGAUUUAGCUCGUGAAAGAGUUUCAGCAAUUCCUUCCAGAAAGGUGAUCAGCAUCAAACUGGUCAAACUAUAUUCAUAAGGGGUUUUGAUAAAUCUCUUGGAAAAGAGGUAAUUUUAUUUCUAUCAUGUCUGCUGCUGCUUCCCUUGCAUGUGUUUCUUUUUGCAAUUCAUAUUUGAAUACUGCCAAAAUUGUGGUUGCAGAUAAGAGCUAGCCUAAAUGAGCAUUUUCGUUCCUGCAGGGAGAUCUCGAGGGUGUCAGUCCCAAAAGAUUUUGAGUCUGGAGGUCCUCAAUGGUUUGUUUCUUCUUCAAAUCCUUUUUCUUUUUCGUUUAUUUUUAGUGUGAAAGAUUUGCUAUUUCAUUUUUUGUGUAUCCUUUUUGUUUCUCAAGUUGGAUGCUCAAAAUGAUUGUGUUACGUGUUGCUUUGAGUUUAGCAAAUUGACACCAGGUGUAAUUUACAGUUUUGCCUACAUCGACUUCAAGGAUUUUUCUAGCAUGAAAAAAGUUCUAGAACUCAAUGAAACUGAACUUGCUGGUGGUUAUUACCUCUCUGUUAAAGACAGAGUGUUUAUUAUUAAUUUUGAUAGUGUUUAUUAUUAAUUUGACAGAG